AUGACUUUAUGCCGCUCCCAAAGCUAUAACCCGGUUGACCAGCCCCAGGACGGGCUCACCAACUCGCAUCUCCCCUCUGGGUCCUCCCCAGUCCCCGGGGACUCUCCCGUUCAACAGAGAUCCCGGGGUCGCUCUGGAAUCCGUCUACAUCAAGGGAAUGACCAUAUGAAGAGGUGGUUUCAACACAAGCAGGGUGGCCAUUGGGGCAGGGGGGAGAAAGCGGGCACCCUUAAGAGGGCCCCCGAGAUGGUCAUCAUGGUGGUGGUGAACGGCAGCCCCUUCUAUGAGUAUGGACACCGGCUGCCUAUACAGAUGGUCACUCAUUUGCAAGUGGAUGGAGACCUGCAGCUUUACUCCAUCAACUUCCUUGGAGGAGGCCCUGACCCAGGCCAGAUUCCUAUGACAACCCCAGCGUACCCAGGCCCAGGAACCCCUCAGGAGAAGCCACCCCAAGAAUUGCUGACGAUGGAAGGACCACCAAUCUUCAAUCCGCCUGUGCCAUUCUGGGGGCGAAUACAGAACGGUCUUACAGCCCGAAAAACCAUUGUGAUAAAGGGACUGGUGAAUCAGCGGGGCAGCAGUAUCAUCAUCAACUUCAAGGAGGCGGAUUCGGAGAACGUGGCUCUGCACAUUAACCCUCGGCUCUCCGACGGGGUCGUGGUCCGCAACACCUUCAUGGAUGGGAAGUGGGGGAAAGAGGAGAAGACCAUAACCUUCAACCCGUUCACCUGGGGCCAGUACUUUGAUCUGUCUGUCCGCUGUGGCCACGACCGCUUCAAAGUCUUUGCCAACGGCCAGCACCUCUUCGACUAUGCCCACCGAUUCUCCAACUUCCACAAGGUGAACAUGGUGGAGAUCAAGGGAGACCUGUCCUUGUCCUAUGUGCAGAUCUAAGCCCCGGCCCGGCCCCAAGAGGCUUGCCCUCCAUGUGUGCUGGAUCUUGUGUCUGGUGGAGCAUUGGUCACUUUUCUUCUCA